GUGCGCGAAGACAGGUAGUCUCGGGGUGUGUCCUCCUGGGCUGCUGCUGCUCGUCCACGUCUGAGGACGAAUAUAAAAAGAGAAGAGAAGCCGAGAGCGUCCAAAGUACACGCAGACAUGGAUUUUACUCGGUUAUUGUCGCUCCUGGUGCUUUUCUGCUGCGUUUCUCCCUCACGCGCUUCAGCUAAGGGACGGGGAUUCAUCGGGGUGGUGGACCCUGAGAACUCAGACCAAGUCAUUGUGGACAAGGUAACAUCUGACACGCUGAAGAGCAGUCUCACCACCGUCUUCAUUCCAAUCAUGUACAUCAUCGUGCUCGUGGUGGGACUUCCUGCCAACGGCAUGGCCGUCUGGGUGUUCCUCUUCAGGACCAAGAAGAAGCACCCGUCCUCCAUCUACAUGGCCAACCUGGCUUUGGCCGACCUGCUUUUCGUCAUCUGGACGCCCCUGAAGAUCUCCUACCACUUCAAUGGCAACAACUGGAUCUACGGAGAGCCGCUGUGCAAAGUCCUGGUGAGCUUCUUCUACGGGAACAUGUACUGCUCGGUCCUUUUCAUCACCUGCCUCAGCGUGCAGAGGUACUGGGUGGUGGCCCACCCUCUGUCCCAGCAGAGGAAGAACAACAAACUGGCCGUGGGAGUCUGUGUGGCCAUCUGGGCGUUCAUCUGGCUCACCACCACACCUCUGUACCUGUACGACCACACGGCCAAGCUCAAAGACCCCAACAUAACCACCUGCCACGACGUCAGCAUCAUAAAGGACCCCCUCAAUCCGUUCCCUUCCGUCCAGCUCCCGUAUUACUACUUCAUCUUCAUGGGGAUGGUUGUGUUUCUGGUCCCGUGCGUGGUGAUCACCGUGGCGUAUGUUCUGCUGCUCAGGGCUCUGGGGAACAGCAUGGAGGACGGCUCAGCAGCGAAGAAACGCCGCAAAGCGGUGGUGCUGAUCGUGACCGUCCUGGUGACUUUCCUCGUGUGUUUCGUCCCCAGUAACAUCAUGCUGGUGAUGCAUUACUCCCUACUGAAGGACGGAAAGAUGAACAACGGCUACAGCUUCUACAUCUCCACAUUGUGCCUGGCCAGCCUCAACAGCUGCCUGGACCCGUUGAUCUACUACUUUGUGUCGGAGGACUUCAGAAACCACGUGAAGAACACUCUGCUGUGCAGGAGCAGCAGGACCGUGGAGAGGAUGAGGGUCUCGUUCAGCUCCAUGAAAUACUCCAGGAAGAGCAAGUCGUACGUGUCGGACAGCGGCAACACGCAGAGCAGCACCUGUUAGUCGGACGAAGGAGAGCGGAGGAAGACUCUGGCGGACUGAAAACACGGCAGGGCACAGACCUCGUGGUUCAGGGACUCUGUUCACAGGUCUGUGAUGAUGGAUUUAAGCUCCAUCAGACACAACUAGGUAACCUCAACCUCAUCAGAUGACCAAAGAUGAACUUUAAAUGUGAAGAUGGCUGCGCCGGGAUGAGGACCGAGUGCAGUUAAAGAUGAUGAAAGACGGGACGUCAUUAUGAACCGCUUUAAAAUGUGAAUAUUUGUUUUAACUUUUUAUAUGAAUGGAGAGAAGUCCUGUUAGAGACAUUUAGUCCUGCUGGCUGCACAGAAGUGUGUUGUUGUUUUUCUUUCACUGACUUGUCCACUGCACUGAAGACCAUCUGUGACAUUGGAACCAGAUGUUUUUGUCAGACUGGAACAGGUGAACGUAUCUGAAGGUGAAGCUUUCGUCAAAUCGGCGACAGAAAAUGUAAUAUUCAUUCUUGUUUUUGUUUUGUGUCCUGCGGCCAACAAGUUUUAUCUGCUUUAAUCCACCUGUGCUGAAGUUUUAACUUAAGUUUGAGUUUGGAGGUGAAGACGAGGAAGGUGGUAUUGCUACAUUGCUUCUUAAAUAAAUGAUAAAACAACA